GCAGACGGGCAGAGUUUCUGACACUCCCUCGGCUUCCAUGGCGGCGGUAACCCGACGAAGCCUCUCUUCUUUCCUCUCGCGAACUCUGCGACCACCACUCUCCCGUUCCCCUCGUCCCUCCCGCUUCCUCGCUACUGUCUUCUCCCCCGAGGUUCGCUGUCCCGCGGGCGUGGUGCCGCAACUCCUUUUGUCCCGGUGGAAGACGACCUCCGGAUCGGGGUAUUCUCCUCUCAACGACCCUUCCCCUAACUGGAGCAACCGCCCUCCCAAGGAAACCAUCCUCCUCGAUGGCUGUGACUAUGAGCACUGGCUCAUCGUCAUGGAGUUCCCUCACGACCCGAAGCCCUCCGAGGAGGAGAUGAUCUCUGCAUACGUCAAAACCCUCGCAGAUAUUGUCGGCAGUGAGGAGGAGGCGAAGAAGAAAAUAUACUCGGUUUGCACUACAACCUAUACGGGAUUUGGAGCUUUGAUCUCUGAAGAACUUUCUUACAAAGUUAAAGGAUUGCCUGGAGUUCUCUGGGUUUUGCCUGAUUCUUAUCUGGAUGUACCCAAUAAGGACUAUGGAGGUGAUCUAUUUGUUGAUGGUAAGGUCAUACAUAGACCACAAUUUUGGUUCAAUGAGAGGCAGCAAACAAGGAGCAAACCUCGACCUAGGUAUGACAGGCGGCGCGAGACAAUACAAGUUGAAAGAGGAGAGCCAAUGCAGAGAGGGGGGUGGAGACAAGACCAAAGCCAACCUAGUUCACACCAGAUGCCUGAUAAUUCACCACAAGGACACCCUAGUAUGCAGCAAGGGGUUCAAAAUGGGCAGCCAAGAGAAGUAAAUUAAGGUUUGAUAAAACCUUUAUGUUAGGUCUGAUAAAACUUUUAUUUUAGGUCGGAUAAAACUUUUAUUUUUUUGUGUAGUCUUGGAAAUAUAUUUCAUGCCUUCAUAUGAAGUGCUCUUAUCUAUAUGAUUUGUGACGGCUUGGAAACUAUGUUCUAAUGUUAAUCUGAUGUAAGAUUUGCUUA